GAAGAGAGACCACCGCUACGCGCUUGCGAUGUCGCGGAAGAGUACUUUAAGAAAGAGCUAGAAAUGCAUGACGGUGAUGUAUCGGCAGGAACAAUUGUCCUUUUGGCAGACCAAUGUUUUGGUCAUCGCUUUUCCCGCCCGAAGACCAGCAAGGCAACAUUGAGCAUGAUUGUGGAGAGACCGGAGAGGAUAUUGGCCUCUGUUCUUGGUAUUUCAACCGCCUAUGUGCGCCUCGGGGAGCGGCAUUGUGAUGGCAGUAACCCUCCGCAUCCGUCACACGAGCCGAGCCGGCGCAUCCCCUUCAAGAUUCGCAAGACUUCACGAGCCGUCGAUAUUACUUCUCCCGUGGUCACAAAUGUGCAUGGCACCAAGUGGAUGGAGGAGUUGAAAAGCAUGUGUACGGAUGCGCCACGGAAGCUAGCAACCACUGGAAGGGAGUUAACGAGAGAGCCAAAUCCUCCGGGGCUUCCCAACAAGCAAGAGUUUCACGAUGGCGACCUGUAUCUAUGCUCUGAGUCCUUGAAUGCGUUUCAAGGCGCGCUCGGCGGUGUACUCGAUGCCGUGGAUGCAGUCUUCCAAGGAACCGAUAACGGCAGGGGACCGUCACGCGCAUUCGUCUGCAUACGGCCACCUGGACAUCACUGCUCCGACGAUCACCCAUCUGGGUUCUGCUGGAUUAACAACGUUCAUGUUGGGAUUGAGCAUGCCAUGCUACAAUAUGGACUCACUCACGCGGCCAUUAUCGACUUUGAUUUGCACCACGGAGACGGUUCACAAUCAAUCGCAUGGGAAAGGAACGAGAAAUUCCAGAAUGCACCCCGUUAUACAUACGCACCGUACAAGAGACGGACACCCAUGAGGUCGAUUGGGUACUUCUCCCUCCAUGACCCAAGAUCCUUUCCGUGCGAGAACGGCGAGAAGGAUAAGAGGCAAGCUGCUAGUCUGUGUCUAGAGGACUUGGAUAAUCAGACGAUCUGGAACAUCCACAUGCGAAGUUGGACGAGUGUUGAGGAGUUCUGGAAGAUGUACGAGGACCGCUACCUUGUUCUGCUCGAUCGGACGAGGGAGUAUCUGAAAACUCACACCCAGCGUCUGAAGAGCAUGCCAGACCACCCCCGGCCAAAAGCGGCCAUCUUUCUGUCUGCCGGUUUCGACGCCAGUGAAUGGGAGAUGCAGGGGAUGCAGCGACAUGGCGUCAAGGUGCCCACGGAAUUCUACGCCCGGUUCACACGGGAUGUAGUCCGCUUGGCCGAAGAGGAGGGCACGGCUGUCGAGGGCAGAGUCAUCUCAGUUCUGGAGGGUGGUUAUAGUGAUAGGGCGCUGACCAGCGGUGUUCUCAGUCAUCUGAGCGGACUUACCGAUGGACAAUUGUCGUCAGAGCCAUCUGCACAAAGUGAUCUGGCAUUCGAUAUGCGCAAACUUGCCUUGAGUCUCGAGGAGGAGGCGGCUCCAGGGGCUGAGGAGGCAGCCAAGGCGCAGGCACGCUCCUACGAUCCGAGUUGGUGGCAUCCCGCGCAGUUGGCGGAGCUGGAGAAUCUCGUCAACCCUCCACCGGCUGCGAAACCUAAGAAAUUGAAGUCCGGUCCUCCACCGAUGUACUCGUCCCCCACCCAGUCUUUCACCGCCAAACUCACCGACCCGGUUAAGUACCACCGUAGUAUUUCUGGCAACUUCGCUCCGAGCACUUCAGUGAGGGUGCCCACACCUCCGCCUCCCGACGUUGACUGGACGACGGCAUCCCAUGCGUUGAGCAAACUAUUGAUCCCAUUCGAUCGUCAAACGAGGAGCUGCAAGCCAGAGGAGCUCUCCGAACCCAAAGUCAAGAAAGAAAAGCCAGCAGCUGUGCUUGCAUCUGUACAUGUAGACCCCUCUGGACGCCAGCUCCGUGGGAGGAAGCCGGCUACGUCGUAUGCAGAUCCGGCGUCCGACGAUGAGACGAAAAGUCGAACGGCGGCCAAGGAAAAAGCCAAUAGACGAAGGACAAUGGCAGCUCUCCCUUCAGCUUCGGAGGAGCCGGCCCCUGCUCGUUCAGCCUCACGCCGUAUGAGCAUUGCCUCGAGCACAGCCUCUGUCAAUGGGGAGAGAAGUGUAAGCCGUGCUUCUAAUGUGGGAGGGCGACGAGCAAGCGUCAAACCCGAUGAAGUUGGGAGCCAUAUCACGGUGAAGAAAGCUAGGGCUCCCGCGACGGGCCCUUCCCGUCUACCGAAGAAUCCGCCGCCGGUCCCUCGAGUACCGUCGAACUAUACGACCAAGCCAGAUGAAAAGGAGAAGAAUGAAAACGAUGUGGAUAAGCUCUCCACUGGCUUGAAGCGUAUUACCUUGAGGAUGCCGACCAGAGAAGAGCACGAUGCAAGGGAGAAACAGAAGGCUUUGGAAGGUGCAAAGAAGACGAGCACGACGAGCACAGCAGCAAGAGCUCCGGCUCGCAAGGCACCUGCUGCACGCACCAAGCCCACGAAGCCUGCACCGUCAACAACCAGAAAGGGCACCGGGCGGACGACGAAGGCCUCGAAGCCGCAGACGCCCGUCGAUGAGUCGGCACCGUCGCUUCCUACCCCUGAUCCAGCUCUGCCGGUCUCUGUGCCGCCUCCGCACGCGCCCAAGGUGGAGGCUGCACUAGACACAACCCUUGAGCAGCCUCAACCUGUGCUGCCUAAGCAGGCCGUGGGCGUGAUUGACAAAACUGAAGAGGUUGAGAGUCGCUCGCCGCCGAAUGUUGUCGAGCCGCCGACAGAGCUACGAGAGAUGAUCAUCAGCCCGGAACAGCUCCCUAAGCCAUCUUUCAUGGCUCCCAUAAAGCCCGCUUCCCCCACCAUAACUCCUCCACGACCAGACACGCCGCCUGCACCGGCUCCAUCCAUGAUGCCUACCUUUGUGAACUACACGGCGCAGACGUAUGGGAGCAUACCGGCUCCGGCUCCUCCUACUCUAGGGUUGGCCAAUCAGGGGAUGCAGAGCCUGCAAUGGAUGCCUCCGAGUACGGAUGGGAAUACCAUGUCACCGGUUCCUCAGCGGCAAGACUUGCCAACCUCCAGCUCCACGGGAACGAUACCCUUUGCGUCUAGUAAUGCAGCUUCACCCGGGUCGGAUGAUGCUCAGGGUGUAGAGGCCAAGAAAGAGGCGGACAGCGAUAUAUGGGAGGUGCCUGAUACCCCCGCAAAGUGA